CUGGAGCGCGGCGACACUGCGGCCCCGGGAAGGACGGACGGACGCGCCGCCGGACCGUCCGCGGCCAUGGCCGAGCAAGCCGCUCGCCCAUGCUGCCUGGGCUGGGACUUCAGCACGCAGCAGGUGAAAGUUGUUGCUGUUGAUGCAGAGCUGAAUGUGUUCUAUGAGGACAGUGUGAAUUUUGACAAAGACCUUCUAGAAUUUGGGACUCAGGGUGGAGUUCACGUUCAUGAGGACGGACUGACAGUGACCUCUCCAGUCCUGAUGUGGGUCCAGGCUCUGGAUAUCAUCUUGGAGAGGAUGAAAGCGUCAGGCUUCGAUUUCUCUCAAGUCCUCGCCCUGUCUGGGGCGGGCCAGCAACAUGGAAGUGUAUACUGGAAGGCUGGGGCCAGCCACGUGCUGACAAGCCUGUCACCAGACCUCCUGUUACAUAAGCAGCUGCAGGCGUGUUUCUCUAUCAGGGACAGCCCAGUAUGGAUGGACUCCAGCACCACAGUCCAAUGCCGCCGGCUGGAGGCCGCCGUGGGUGGGGCGCAGGCUCUCAGCUGCCUCACCGGCUCCCGAGCCUAUGAGCGUUUUACAGGAAACCAGAUUGCAAAGAUUUACCAGCAGAAUCCCGAGGCCUAUGCACACACAGAGAGAAUUUCUUUGGUUAGUAGUUUUGCUGCUUCCCUGUUCCUUGGGUCUUACGCCCCUAUUGACUACAGUGAUGGUUCUGGAAUGAAUUUGUUGCAGAUCCAGGACAAAGUCUGGUCGCAGGUCUGCCUUCGUGCCUGUGCACCUCAUUUAGAGGAGAAGCUUGGCUCACCUGUACCAUCAUGCUCUGUGGUGGGAGCCAUUUCCUCCUACUUUGUCCAGCGCUAUGGAUUUCCUCCAGGAUGCAAAGUGGUGGCCUUCACUGGGGACAACCCUGCAUCGCUGGCAGGCAUGAAGCUGGAGGAAGGUGACAUUGCGGUCAGCCUGGGCACCAGCGACACCCUAUUUCUCUGGCUCCAGGAGCCCAUGGCCGCCCUGGAAGGGCACAUCUUCUGCAACCCGGUUGAUGCCCAGCACUAUAUGGCGCUCCUGUGCUUUAAAAACGGCUCCCUCAUGAGAGAGAAGAUCCGCGAUGAGUCCGCUUCCUGUUCCUGGAGUGAUUUCUCUGAGGCGCUGCAGUCCACGGAGAUGGGCAACGGCGGGAACCUGGGUUUUUAUUUUGAUGUAAUGGAGAUCACCCCUGAAAUUACUGGGCGCCACCGGUUUAGUGCAGAAAACCGCCAGGUCUCAGCAUUCCCGGGGGCUGUGGAGAUCCGGGCACUGAUUGAAGGGCAGUUCAUGGCCAAGAGGAUCCAUGCUGAGGGCUUGGGUUACCGAGUCAUGCCCAAGACAAAGAUUCUGGCCACUGGAGGGGCAUCUCACAACAGAGACAUCUUACAGGUGCUUGCAGAUGUGUUUGGCGCCCCAGUAUAUGUCACAGACACUGCCAACUCAGCCUGUGUGGGCUCCGCAUACCGAGCUUUCCAUGGCCUUGCAGCUGGAACAGACGUGCCCUUUUCAGAGAUGGUGAAGUUAGCCCCAAAUCCCAGAUUAGCUGCUACCCCAAGCCCAGGAGCGUCUCAGGUCUACGAGGCCCUUCUCCCACGGUACGCCAAGCUUGAGCAGAGAAUCCUGUCCCAGACCCCGGGGCCUCCAGAGUGAAUUCCUCAGGCCCAGGCAGCCCGUUAACCCUGCCUGCCUAGGCUCACGGAUCCCACUUCGAGACGUACGUGCUCCUCCUAGACAGCAAGGAUCCUCUUCCCUGUCCUAAGUGACUCUGCCUGCCCGUCUGACUCCUUGUGGUGCUGCCUGGGACUACCUGAAACCCACCUUAGCGCAUCUUCCUGAAUGUAAAUGGGCUGUUUCUGAUUCUGUGCCCUUGUGCCCGGGGCAGGAAAGCCUCUGUCUUCUCCUGCCCUUUAUCUCGGGGGACAAGAUAAAGCAGUGAGUCUGGGAUAUAUCCAGUAAAAAUUGUGACUUUGCCCCCUUUCAAAUGCAGAAGUAAAGUGAAUACAGGGACCUAAAUUGGGUGAAUGGUGGAGACAAAGCUGUCCCCCCAUAUCCCGACCCCAGCAGCCUCUUCCCCAACUCCCACUCUGGCUUCUCCUCAAACUCCUCAAACUGUAGCCCACAGCCACCCGCCCCCUCCGUACUGUGACCCUGCUCCCCCCAGUCCAUCCUCCUCCCCCCACCAUGCCAAACUGAUCUCAGCUGCUGCCUCCCUCCUCAUUUCAGAGUCUGAAGGGCUUAGUAGUGGCUUCCUUUCUUGUCUUUCCUUGCUCACCCCUGCACCUUCCAUCCCUUGUCACCUUCCAGCAUCUGCCCCCUUCAUCCUUUGUGAUCUCUCCUCCCUCCCCAUCCCCACCUUUUGUAACUCACUGCCUCUUACCCAAAAAGCUUGACAGGCCUAAAGACCAAGCUUUCUGUCCCCCGCCCAUCCACCCUGCCUACUGGCUGCCUUACUCCCCAGAACACCAGACCACUUGCAGGAGCCCUCUCCCAAGUGGUACAGGGUAGCACCUCCCUCCCUCCGUCCCUUCCUUCAGGAAGAAUUUCCCUAAUUCUGGAUUUCUUUGAUUCUGUUUCUGUUUUGUCAUUUAACAUAUUCUCUAUCUUCUGUAUUUCCUAUAAAUUCCUAUAAAUUGGUGAUUUUCUCUUCAA